AUUCAUGCCCAUCAUGUGUCUGCCGCAGGGGGCGGCUACCUCGAGGGCUACCUCAGCGCCGAGCGCAUCGUGCAGCACUUGACCAACAUCGGACACGGCGCAAACAGGAAGAUGUACGAGAACCCGAACAGGGUCGCCGACUUUAUUGUCGCGACGGACGAUUGGACGCGUGCCAAGGCGGCAGAUGCCAAGCGUACGGACCCGUACUGGUCUGCCGUCCGCUUCCUGCAGACCCAGAUGGACGGGCUGCGGGCGGGGGUCAAUGCGCGGCUGGAGGAGACGGGUGCGGACGUGGAGCCGCUCAGCCGGUUGGACGUGCUGCGCCUGUCGACGGUGUGGGAGAACGAGGAUAUCUCGCUCGCCAACCCACUCCUUCGCUCUCCAAGACGCUGCGGGACGUGCCCAGCAACCCCCCCCCUCCCCCGGCAGGCUCUCUCUGCGGACCAGGCCGAGGUGUGGGUCCGCGAGCGCACGCACUGCUCGAUGGCGGUCAAGCUGACGCACGAUGGUUCGGAGCUCUACAUCGGGCACAACACGUGGGGCGGCUACCACAUGAUGCUGCGCGUGCACAAGCGCUAUGAAUUUGGCCGCGGCGCACCCAUCGCGAUGAGCUCAUACCCCGGCGCGCUCGUCUCGGGCGAUGACUUCUUUCAAGUUGGCAACCUCACCGUCACGGAGACCACGCUCCCGAGCUACAACCACGCUCUCUUUGGCGCCGUGACGCCCAAGUCGGUACCUUACUGGAUCCGCGCAAUGGUGGCCAACCAGCAAGCGACGAGCGGCGCGGAGUGGAUGGAGGCCUUCGCCCGGCACAACUCGGGUACGUAUAACAACGCGUGGAUCGUGGUCGACUUUGCAAAGUUCGUACCCGGCAAGCCGCUCCGCGAGGGGCUGCUCACCGUCGGCGAGCAGCUGCCUGAGUUUUUUUACUUCGAGGACGCGACCGCCACGCUCUCGUACGGAUAUUACCCCUCGUACAACGCCGCCGUUUACCCUGAGACGGCGCGCCGUGUUGGGCAAGAUGCGAUGGUCCGCCUCAAGGGCGAGCGCUUUAGCUACCAGAUGGCGCCGCGCGCGCAGAUCUUUCGGCGCGACCAAACGCGCGUGCGCUCCGACGCCGAUAUGCAGCAGCUUCUGCGCUACAACCAGUUCGAGUCCGACCCGGUGGCCAAGGGCGACCCGUGCAAGCAGCUCGCUUGCCGGGCGGACCUCAACAAGGACUCGGCCGCGCGGGCCGCCUUUGGCGCGCUCGACGCCAAGUACACCUCAUCGGCGCACGUGCGCGCAGACCGGAUGGUUGUCAUCUCGAGCCCGACCUACGAUGAUCAGCCGCCCUUCGAGUGGAGUCGGCUCGACCGCAAGCUCGAGGAGGCGCACCCGCACGAGGGCCACCCCGACCGCUUCCGCUUCCCGUGGCUGGUCGUGGGCGGAAACAUGGAGGCGGCGCCAUAUGAGGAGAUGCCCGACUCAGUGCGCGAGCCCGCCAUUGCCAAGGAGCUGCCCGACUGGAUCAAAGAUCAGCAAGCAAGGGACCAGGUGCGGGCAGAGGAUGAGGCGGAGCGGGCGAUCGCACGGGCCAACGAGGAGGCGGAGCGGGCGCGCGACGACACCAAGGGCUUGAGCCUGCUCAGCAUCAGCGAGAUGGCCAUGCCCGGGACCGUCGCGGGUGCGGCCGAGAUCCGCGUGCCAGGCGCCGACGCGACGCCGGCCGCAUCUGGUACGCUCGGCCGUCUCGCUGCCGCCGGCGGUGCCGCCUCCGUCGUCGGCGCAGCAGCGCUCCUCGCACGCUGGGGUGGCCGUGGCCGGCUGUCUGACCAAGGGGCCUGCGAGCCCGGCGAGGGGUUUUGCAUGAGAAAGCGCUGA